ACGGAGUCCGGAUGUAGAGCUAUUGGAUGCAGAUUUGACGUAUACUCCGACUCGUGUGGCUACUUUCAGUUAAAACAGGCCUACUGGGAGGACUGUGGCAGGCCAGGAGGAUCUCUUAUUUCUUGUGCUGAUGACAUCCACUGUUCGUCCCAGUGUGUACAGCACUAUAUGAGCAGAUACAUAGGCCAUACUUCGUGUUCCCGAUCCUGUGAGAGCUAUGCCCGGUUACACAAUGGUGGUCCACAUGGUUGUGAACAUGACUCUACCUUAAGCUACUGGAGUCAUGUACAGGGUCACGGCUGCUGAAGGUCGCAGUCAUUAAUGUUAUGUAUAAAGCUUAAAUAAAACACUAAAAUAUUCA